AUGGCCGAUCCUCUUUCAAUUAUCGGAACAGCGGGAGCGAUCGCAAAUAUUAUCGAUGUCCUCACCAAAACGAUCACAACGGUAUGCGACAUGCGACAAGCCUGGAAAAUCGCCGAUCUCAGCGUGUUCGCCUUCGAAAACCAGCUCAACCUCCUCAAGUUUGCACUUCUUGAAAUCAAGAAAUGGACCGAAUCAAGAUCCGACGAACAAUCGCACCAGUUGGUGAUGCAAGUAGACAGCUGCGUAACGUGUUGUCGGCUGCUCAUUGGCAAGAUUGAUGGCGAAGUCUCGCAAUUUCAGAAGAACGUAGCCGGAGACUUAGAGCUUGCUUCCAAGCUUUCCUUUCUCUUCAAAACCAAAGACAUGGAGCAGAUUCAGCGGAUGGUUGAUCAGCAAACACAUACCCUGACACUUUUGUUAAGUGCAUGCAACUCGAAUGCUUUAGAAGAGCAAACUAGAAUCUUACAGCAACCCAAACUCGUGCGAGCUCUCCAGGACAUGGACCGAGACACUGCUUCUCUCAUUGUUCAUCGAGACUCAGACUCCAUAAUCACGGCCACAUCCGUGAGCUCUUCGCGAUGGUCCGUUCAAUUCGCGUUCGAUCGAGAGCUGUUUAUCAGCAAAGUUUACGACAAAUGGAUUCGAAAGCUCGCAACAACGCGAAGGGUCAAUAUUCACUCCACAGAAGACCCAGAACAGCGAGACCAUCAACAGAUUUCAAACAACGAAAUAGCCGUCAUGGAUCCGCCUAACGACCACGAACAGAACAUUGCCGCGCGUGAGAGCGUUUCCAUAUCCAAACGAACGCCUCCUUCAAGAUCAUAUUCUGGAGAAUGGUUCAGCCCUUCUGGACGCGUUUAUAUGACUACGAGCCUGGAGAUACAGCUUCUUAGAUGCAUCAGAAAUAUGGAAGAGUUAGAUCCCGAAGCUAAAGAGCCCCGACGAAGUGGCUGGACCUCGAAACGUCUUCUUUCAAGGAGCAAUGAGGUCAGGGUAGUUAUUCUUGGCUCAAAGUCGAGAAAGCGGGUCUUUGAAGAGACGAGGUUAUCAGACGACCGACGGGAAUGCUACACAGUCGAUCAACUACGUUUAUUCCGCCCUAUAAUCCUUGGAACAGUGUUAGAAAGUGUUCGGUAUUUGGCAAAGAGGCUAUUGAGCGACGAGGAUAUCAGAGAAGACCCCAUAAGGACGACGUUAGAGUGCAUAUUGAUUCCCGACAAAGGUGAGGAUUUGAAUCUCGACUAUGGAUUUGAGUCGUCGCUUGUGGAAAGAAUCGGCACAAUAAUGAAACACCCGACAACCAAGAAGUUAAUGGUAGAUGAAAGGCUCAUGUUUCCCGAAAAUGGCGAAUACUUUCUCAAACAAGUCGAAAGAAUUCUGCAAAACAACUAUUUCCCAACAGACUCAGAUGCUGUAAACUGUACAACACCACUACCUGGUUGCGUAGAGGCUGCAUUCGACUUGGAUCGGUCUACUAUCCUCUUGACAGAUCCUGGAAACACUGAAUUCAGCUGGACGAAACCAUUUGACCGGACGAAACCAUUUGACACUGCCGUUAUAUAUGUUCUCGAUCUCAGUAGCCCAUGCGAUGAGGCCUUGCUGGAUUACGAAUCAACAGUCAAAUUACAGAGACAGAGGCUGAGAACUUCCAAUUGGGUUGUUAUCGUCAAUAAUUUCAAGGAGUUUAUGAAGAGACUCUCGGAAGCGUCGUUGAGCGGCGUUGAGUUAUCGGAAUAUACGGGAGGAAACGAUGCAGAGAAAGCUGCAAAAUACUUUGCCUCUAAGAUCAAGAAUCUGAGCCCAGGUGGUAUCCACUUGCAUGUCCGUUUCACAAGAGGUGUGUAUGAGGAGAGGAAUUUGAGGAAGAUAUGGGCAAUGCUUCAGGAAGUCAUCAACAACAAUAAAUUGCACUUGGUGGGAAUUAUGUAG